GCAGACCGUGGAGCCGGGUGACGCGAGGGUAGGAAGUUGAAGUGCGUGCGCGCUACGGAUGGCCCGUUGGGCCAAAAUAGUGGCGCUCGGUCUUUUCCAGGCGCUGCGCUCGGAAGGAGGCCGAGAUGCCUCGCUAUGCGCAGCUGGUUAUGGGUCCCGCGGGGAGCGGGAAGGUGAGUGCGGGCCGAGGCCUUGUGGGUACUUUGGCCUUGACUCGAGCCCUGCAAAGGGGCCUCUGGAAGGGAUGCUGCUGCUGCUGCUGCAUUAAAUUAUCCUCUCCAGCUGCCCAAAAUUGCCGUCCUUACUAUGCACAGCAACGCAGUUUAUAACCGAGGUUCUUAAAAGCUUAUUCUUCUUUUUCUGCCUGUUUAAGGGGUUUUACCCCUCGUUAACCGAUUUUUGAAUUAUCAAUUAAAUUAACAAUAUGGAAGCUAACAAGAAGCUAACAAAACAGUCGUCAAAAAGGGAAUACAGAGCUUGGCAAAUAAAAUCACCGUUCCAAAAAGUUGCAUGUACAGUAUUGAUGGCAGACGAAAACCACUUUCAAUCGAUUUUACCAAAGUAAAAGCUUCUUAGCAUACUUUGGUUUUUAAGUGCUGCUUAUUCCUGCUGCUGCUCUUCAGAUGUUUUGGACCACAACUCUCAUUGGCUGGGGUUGGCGGUAAAAAUAAAAAAAGGAACAGUGCAGCGAUAAGAGCAACAAAAUUUUAAAGGGAUAAAACUGAAUGAAAGGGGAAAAAACUGGCAGCGAUAUCAUUGCCUAGAAAAAAUAAUAACGCCUAGAAUCUUUUCUUUUAAAGUCCAAACUUGGUGUUAAAAAGAUAGCCAAAUGCAAUCGAAACUGGGGGAAAUAAUUCCGUAAAUGGGGUGGCAACACUGAGGAGGUCUUCUCCUCACACAUCUGGCCUCACAUGGUAGAGACACACAGAUGAGGCCUUGGAUGAUCUUGUCACAUGGACAGGCUGAUGUAGAGGCAGCUGUUUCUUCAGAGCUUUUCAGAAUACCCAUUUUCUCUGUAAAAUUAAUAACCAUGGUGGUAUUCAUAAAAUUUAAACAAGAUUCCUGUAAAACCGUCUGAUCAUGCCUAUUAGGGACCCAGAUAGAUUGUGCUCAAUGUUAUUCGAUGGAAAGCAAAUGACUGCCCCAUGUUCCAAAGGAGACUGUCGGCAGAGAUGUCUCAAUUAUCUCCUCUCCUCAGAUGUUGGAUUCCUGCCCACUGAUAGAAACUCUCCUGGUGGCUUUUGCUAGUUUGUUAAUGCUCUGGAUUUUUUAAAUUCCAGAGCACUUACUGUUCCACCAUGGUCCAACACUGCGAAGAACUGAAUCGCUCGGUCCAGGUAGUGAACCUUGAUCCCGCUGCAGAACACUUUGACUAUGAUGUCAUGGCAGGUAAGGCCAAGGCUUGAAGCAUAUGGGGAUGCAGCAGGUCAUGGAAGCUUUAGUUGAGAUUCCUGCAUUGCAGGGGGUUGAACUAAUGGUUCUAUGAUAAGAAGAGGAUUGCUGAAUUCUGUUCUCACAGGAUGAGUGCAAUAGCAGCCUCCCACAAUAGCAGUUCCCCAACAACUGGUAUUUUCUGCAAUGCCCCUCCCUGCACACAGACCACUCACAUGGGAAUCGCUGGAAUCUUCCACCUCCCACAUGUUGCAGCUACUGAGCACCCUUUUCACUUUUUCUGCCCAAUUAUGAAGCCACCAUCCCCUCUUAUUCUACAGCCCGUCUAAUACUCUUGCUUUCAUCUUCACCUCCAUGCCUCCUUUUUUUCACAACUCCCCUUUGCACACCCCUGUUCUCACCUUCAGCCCCUUUUUUCUCGCUUCUGCUGCUUCCAAUUCCAACUUGUACACAGACCACUACCAUUUCCAUGCUGCCAACUCUCUCCUAUUCUGCGUCCCCUUUUGCACACACACCCAUGAUGAUACACGUUAUUGUAUAUUUAAGAUGAAUAGAGUUUUUAGUGCAAGCCUGUCCGUUAGCUUGUUUAGUUAGAGGUUAAAUUUAGUUGAUGUACGUGUUUAGGUGUUUGGUUGUUAAUGAAAUAUCUCUGCUAAAUCACUUCAUUGAAUCUGGAACUGCAUGUUGAAGAUAACACAUGGUAUCAGGAGUAAAAUGUGUUGUGUGAAGGUACUAUUUGAGGGCUUCAGAUACUUUAUCUCUCUCAUAUGAGGCAGCUGAGAAAUGGCAGGGGGAGACGGUUGAGUACGGUUGGACACUGAGGUCCUCCUCCGAGGGUCUUUGCUGGUUCCCUCACUGCGAGAAGCAAAGUUACAGGGAACCCGGCAGAGAGCCUUCUCGGUAGUGGCUCCCUCCCUGUGGAACUUCAGGCUUUUAGAAAACUAUCUGACUUUUAGAACUAUCUGACUUUUAGAAAACAUCUGAAGGCAGCCCUGUCUAGGGAAGUUUAUAAGGAUUGAUGUUUUUAUUAUAUUUUAGAUCUGUUGUAAGCUGUGUAUAAAUAAUAAAAUAGUUGUUGUUGUUGUUGUUAACAACAACAACCACCAGAAGGGACGGACACUGACGUAUUACUCUUCAUUUCUCCUAAUGCCCCCUUGUUGCUCCUUCACAGCACUCCAAAUGCCCCCUUAACCCCAUCCACUUCCACUUGCCUCCUCCCCAAUUCCUUCUCUUCAGCUUUCGUCCCCAUCUACAGAGCCCUAAAACACACUCUCUCUAACACACACACACACACACACACACACACACACACACACACACCUUCCUCCCUACCUUCCACAUGCCCCCUCAUUCUGCCAAAUGCCACAUGUUUCUUUAACCACUUCCACCUUCCCUUUCCCCCAUUCCUCCUUUCUCUUCCCCAGUCACCAGCUGGCUAAAACUGUCAUGCACAGAGAAACCCUUCUCCCAAGUCAUUUACUACAGACAUGAGGCUCCUCCUCCUCCUUCCUGCCCCUGCCUUUUGUGUUUUGUAUUUUUAUUUGUAAGCCACCUUGAGUUCUGGUCCAGGGAAAAGGCAGGAUGUAAAAAAAUAUAACGCACACAGACAUGAGAUAGAUAGAGAGAGAGAGAAAUCAAGCAAAAUUGUUGUGUUCCCCCUCCCUUUUUUGUUUUUGUUUCAGAUAUCCGGGAAUUAAUUGAAGUGGACGAUGUCAUGGAAGACGAUUCUCUAAGGUUUGGCCCCAAUGGUGGCUUAGUAUUUUGUAUGGAAUACUUUGCAAGUAACUUUGACUGGCUGGAAGGAUGUCUUGGCCACGUGGAAGACGAUUAUAUACUCUUUGAUUGCCCAGGUGAGCAAAGAAUUUUAAAAUAACAAAGGGAAACAAAAGCUUAGUACAUUUGUGAGGGGAGCCUUAGUACACACACUGUGGGGGAGGAACCACUGCUUUGCAGUAGAGCCCUUGGGACCCCCUCCAGGCCCUGCUUCCUUCCACUAGCGCAACCCCUCCCUCAGCUUUGUUCUGCACCCUCCUUAGGUGCUUUUACCUGGCUGGAAUCUGGCCUUGAAUUGUGAUCAUUCUUCUUGCUUGCCUGAAUGGAAAAAGAUCUGGUGUGGCGGCGGGUGUAGGGGCUUUAGAAACCCAAUUUGGCUUUUUUGUGGCUAGAAUGUCACCUGCUCUAUAAGGGUAAAAUUCAUGCCUGUUGCUCUGAGUCUGGGCCCCACUUGCUUUCGCCUUUGUCUUUAAACCACUGUCGUUUUUGUCUAUUUCGGUUUUCAGUUCUUAAUUAUAUAUUGUUGUUUUUAUUGGUCUCAAAUAGAUUGGCUCUUUAAAAAGUGAAGAAGUUUAGCUACCUUGAACCUUUUAUGGAAGGGCAGGGUGCAAGUCCAUGAAACGAAUACAUUUCUUAAAAGUUGUGACCCCUUCCUCAGGUCAGAUUGAGCUCUACACGCACCUGCCAGUGAUGAGGCAGCUUGUCGAACAGCUUCAGCAGUGGGAGUUCCGCGUCUGUGGCGUUUUUCUCGUUGAUUCUCAGUUUAUGGUGGAAUCCUUCAAGGUAACUUAUAAUUCUGCCCACCCCCAACAAGUCACAAAUCUAGACACACACCCCUUUUUUUUUCUUUUUAGGGUCUUAACACAAUUUGGCAUCUAAAUAUGACUCUGAGGCAAAUUAACCUGCUGUCUUAACCAUCUGGCUGCUUGCUUUCUUGUAUUGCUGUAGCAACUGGAUUUCUGGACAGUGGAAGACUUAAGACUUGGCGCUGGUUCAAGUGGAGCCCCAAUCUCCAUCCCCUCCCACCACUGGGCCAGUGCUACGAAAAGUCUCGCUGCACCAUUCAGACACCAGUUGAUGAGAACAUAAAUAAGAGCAAUGCAACUGGUUUUGCCCCAAGUCCUAUCCUUUUCCCACAGUAACUCACCAGAUGCCUAUGGGAAGGAAGCCUGCGAGCAGGACCUGGGUGCAGCAGCCCUCUUCUCCAUACGGGAUUCCCAGCAACAAGAAUCAUAGAGUUGGAAGGGGGGAUCCUGAGAAUCAUCUAGUCCAACCCCCUGGAAUAUGCAGCUGCCCAUACAGGGAUUGAACCUGCAACUUUGGUGUUAUCAGCACCACACUCUAACCCAGGGGUCAGCAACCUUUUUCAGCAGUGGGCCGGUCCACCAUCCCUCAGACCUUGUGAGGGGCCGGACUAUAUUUUGAAAAAAAAUAUGAACAAAUUCCUAUGCCCCACAAAUAACCCAGAGAUGCAUUUUAAAUAAAAGGACACAUUCUGUUCAUGUACAAAAAAACACUGAUUCCCGGACUGUCCGCGGGCUGGAUUGAGAAGGCGAUUGGGCCGUAUCCAGCCCAUGGGCCUUAGGUUGCCUACCCCUGGUCUAACCAACUGAGCUAUCCCGCCUCUGAUAUUGGACGUAGUACAUAACCUUAUCUUCUGUGAAUUUGCCUAACCCCAUUUUAAAGCUGAUAGCCAUCACUUCCACUUUUGGGGAGUGAAUGCCAUAGUGUAACUAUUUGUGAACCAUUGUCUUCUUUUGUGUCUCCUAAAUAUUCCAGCAUUGAGCGUCAUUUGGUUCUGGUAUUAUGGGAAAGUGUGGAACUUUUCUCUAUCAGCUUUCUCCACAUCAUGCAUAAGUCAGAUGGGCAGGGUACAAAUAAUAAUAACAUCAUCAUCAUCUGUUCUCUAAAUUGCAAAGACCCAAUUUUUGUAAGCUUUCCUCAAAGGGGAGUUGCUCCACCCCCUUGAUCUUUCUGCUUGCCCUCUUCUUCACCCUUUCCAGCUCUACAAUAUCCCUGCCUUCAUCUAUCCCUUGUGACCUCCAGAUGCCACCUAAAGAUGGCCAGUUGAAUGGCUGGCCUGAGACAUCCCUGCAGCAGCAGUUAAACAGGUGGCAUUUUUGGAACGGGGCACCCUUACAUCUCUUCUCAAAUUCCAUUCGUUUUUGUGUGUUUCCCUCUUGCUAGUUUAUUUCCGGAGCCAUGGCUGCCCUGAGUGCAAUGAUAUCGUUAGAGAUUCCCCAAGUCAAUGUCAUGACAAAGAUGGACUUGCUGAGCAAGAAAGCCAAAGCAGAAAUUGAAAAGUAAGCAUGUGGAAAUGCAGGCUUUUUGCCUCAAUGUUGUGGGGCUGGAUCUCAUGUAUUAUUAUUUAGGUAAAUUACACACUGCCUUCAAAGAAAAUCUCUCAGUGGUUUGUAACAUCCUAAAAUGUCAGAAAUAAAAGUCAAAUACCAAAAUACAGGGUAAAAAUGAAAUUUUACAGCAGCAUAGAUAUCAGUUAUGUAAAAUAUCCUCUUAAAUAGUAAUAUAAGAUGAAACAAAUAAGAUAUGGGGAACACAGUAACAGCUAGCAGAUCCAGAAUACCACAGAGACAACCACCCACCAAAUAGAGAAGACUCUGUUUGUAGGUAGUGGCAGCAGCACAUUCAGUUCUGCCACAGUCUCAAAGCCUGCUUUCAGGUCUUCACUGGGGUCUCACUCUGGAUCCCUCAUCAUGCUCUGGACGAAAUCCUGGCAUGAGGCUCAGGCUGCCCUAUUUACCACAUGUUUGGCAGAAAAGCUAAGUGUUUAAGGUGACUCUUAACUGGAAAAAAAUUAAUGGUUAAGCGAUGCAAUAAUAAAAAGGCAAAAGGAAUGAGAUGAGGAGGAGAAUUUUUCCGUGUAUAAGACUAGGUUUUUUUCUUAAAAAAUAAUGUCCAAAAUUUGGGGGUGUCUUAUAAAGAGGGGGCAUCUCCCUCCAUUUUCUUAAAUUGGAGUCCCCAAAAAUAGGGGUCGUCUUAUACAUGGGGGUGUCUUAUAGACAGAAAAAUAUGGUAAUUCCCAUCCUUCUUUGUAUAUAGCAAAGUUUAUAUAAUUGAGACCUAUCUGGGAAGGAAGUGACUAAGUGGCAGUUUCCAGUCCUGAGCAAGUUCAAUUCUUGGCAUCUCCCAGUCAGGCUGGGAACGGCCCCGGCCUGAAACCCUAGACAGACACUGCCAGUCAGUGUAGACAGUGCUAAGCUAGACGCACCAAUGAGCCUGUCUUAGCAUAUGACAGCAUAUUCCUAACCUGUCACUACCAACUCCCAUCAGCUCCACCUUUCAGAACUGUCCAGGAUAAAGUCAGCCACACUAGAAGACUUGAGUUCAGCUUCCAAUGAAGGGAGGAAAAUGCAAUAAUGGAAAGGAGGGGUGAAGAUAUCCCCCCCCAAAAUAAAAAUGAUUUUUAAAAAAAUAGUCUCGGAAGAGCAGAAAGGGCUAAUUUCUUGCCCUUCAGAUGUAGUUGGAUUAUCUCCAGCUAACAUAGCCAGUGGUUGGGAAUGAUGGGAGUUGGAGUCCAGAGGGCAACAGGUUAGCCACCUGGAGAUAUAGAGCAUCUUUGUACAUGUGGUGGAGGUUGACAUCUGGUGCCACUCACAAAACCUCCAGGGUUGGGUUCUAACCCUGUGACAGCUUGCAGUGGUUUGUGUACCUGAUCCUGUGCACAGUUAUUUGUGAGGGGAAACAGCCCUGGAUUGCAGCUUAGGGCAGGGACGAACUUCUGGGAUCUACUUACAUGUUUGUGGUUGUUUGGUUCGUUUACUCGAACGCCAAGAUCUGCUGAAGCAGAGCCAUUUGUCAAAGAUGUACAGUUAGAAUCCAAGCAGAUUGCUUGUGGUAUCAGAACUGAGCUGAGCUCGCAGUUCCAUCUCACACACAUUCACACAAAUCCACUCUUGACUAGCAUUCUUCAUUUCAGCUGCCUGAUUUAGGUGGGGAAAGUUGUUCUGUUAGCUGCUGGGAGUUGUAAACACUUGCUGAUAAACUGCAAAUCACCCAGAGAUCUACCAAAAGCUCCUCAUCAACUUCUUCCCCUGUGUCAGGGAACACAAACAGAAAUUUUGGGGUGGGGAGUAACUAGUAUAAGGCGCAGCUAAUGGACAGUUAGUAUGAAGAUCUUCUCAAACUGCUGUGUUUUUUUAACUUUUCAACCAACACCUUCCAGGUAUCUGGACCCUGACAUGUAUUCUACACUGGAAGAUUCUACAGAUUUGCUCAAAAGCAAACGGUUUAAGAAGCUAACUCAGGCGAUCUGUGGGUUGGUAAGUUGUGUUUUAAGAUCCAGCAGUGGAGAUUAGUACAGUUAUACCUUAAAAUUGCCACCUGCAAUAACCCAAUGCAGUAGCUUCUAGUUGUUUUUUCUAGUUCUUCCUUUGCAGCUCUGGCUUUAAUUUAAGCUACAGCUACAAUGGAAGAUUCCUGUUUCACAAUUUUCCUGUUUCAUCCACACCAAGAAACUGUGGUUAACUCCCAGCUUCAGAACAAGCCAGGAUCAUAAACUGUGGUUUGAAGUUGGUUUGAGAUCUGGUAUUUUUGCAUAGCCAGUAACCACAGUGUCCUGGUUUUGAUGAAACAGGAAACCGUGGCUAAUUGGAGACUUCUGCACAGAUGCUGGUGUGGUGCAAAGGGAGGAGAGAAGAAGGUGGAUAUGCAGACACAAGGGUCAUUCAUAACCUGGCUUGAUUCACAGUACAGUUGUCGGUCCAUUGCCUAUUAAAGCAGACUGUAUCAGCAUUAGCUGCCUCUCCCACUUGUAAAGCACUCUGGGGGCUAAGUGUUUUGCUUGUUAACUGUUGCUGCUUGAAUUCGUUGCCACUCACUCUCUCCAUAUCUGUUUAUUGCCUCUUUUUUAGAUUGACGACUACAGCAUGGUCCGUUUUUUGCCAUUUGAUCGCUCCGAUGAGGAAAGCAUUAAUAUUGUACUGCAGCACAUAGACUUCUCCAUUCAAUAUGGGGAGGAUCUGGAGUUCAAAGAGCCAAAGGUAAAAAGUUCCAAGGUCCUCCUGCAACAUUAGUUAGGCUUCAGCCAGCCUUGAACAUUAAGGCCACAAAUCUGCCCUUAACCAUUGUGGCUAGCAGCCAUUGAUAUGAUCUCCCUCCAGUACUGGCCACGCCCAGGAGGGGUGACCUUUGUGUCAAGGUAGACCUCAGUCUGAGAAGGGUUCGCUGCUGUUCGGUUGCGGGGGUGUUAACCAGAAUAACCCUGAAUGUGCCCCCUAAAAAGCAUAGUCUCAUGCAUGAAGUGCCAUUUUGUUCAGUGGAGUUUAUUCCCAGGUAUGCAUGUAUAGGGUUGCCAUGAAAGAAAGCUGGCCCAAAUUGUGGGUGUUGCAUCUUACUUUGGGGUCCAUUCAGUAUGUUCUCCAUCUUCUUUAAAUCUUGUCAAAGGGUAAGAGAGACAAAAGAAAAGACAACCUAUCACCAUUUUCAGGUAGAAAUAUUUACUCUGGUGUCCUCACUGUGGAUUAUGGACCAUAAAAAAAUUUGUGUGUGUGGUCGGGGUUGUUAUUUUCGUGAGGAAAGAUUACAACAGGGUUUCUUUUUUUGACAGUGUGUGUAUCUUUUGCUGUCUUGAACUACUCAAAAUGUUAAAGGUUUGUGUGUGUUUUUCCCCCAACAGGAAAAUGAGGAAGAUAAAUCAUCUGCUUUUGAUGAAUACUUCCAAGAUCAAGUGGACGAAUAAAGAUUUAAGGGUUUAUUUUGUAAAAAGAAAAAGGACUCUUCAGAUUUUCUAUGCAUUGUAUUUUGAAAACCACAAACUGCUUGAUAAAUCUUGGGCAGCAAUUGAAGUAGGGGCAUUUCCCCCCACCGCAAAGCGUUUUAAUAUGUGUAUGUGUGUGUAAUACAUUAAGUGUAUAUAAUGCCACUUCACACAGUUGUAUUAUUUGUAGAAGUGACUAGGCAAAGAAGGGGCAUCAUGAGAAAUAAAUUAUUGACACUCUGCAUUUCACGGUUGCUUUCUGAGCUACAAAAAAGAUGGAGCAUUUUCAUUUUAGCCUUGUAACCAUUGAUGGUGGUAUUUACUUAAGCAACCGGAGCAAGUAUGUACAAAUAAAUUGGGAGUGUGUUUAAACUGAACUGAACUGUGGUGUUGUGGUACGGCUGCUCAGCACUGCCUUUCUGUGCUUUGUGAAGGACAGCAGCUUUUAACAAAAGAAUUCUCAUGUCUUUUCAGGUCAUUCCCUCCAUGGCCCAUGCUGAAAAUUAAGACAGAACUUUCCCUCUCCUUAGUCUCCAGUAAAACAGGGGUGGAGGAAACUUGUUGCCCUAAAAAUUAUGUUGGACUCCAACUCCCAUCAUCCUGGUCUGGUCAUCCUGGCUGGGGCUCAUGGGGGUUGGAAUCCAGCAACAUCUGGAGGACCACAGAUUUUCCAUGCCUGCACUAAAAGUUAUUUCCCAUAAUCCAGCAGAAGCAGUUCUUGCAUUAACUAUCUUUGCUUCUUCUGCAUGCCUGGGAAGCAGGAAUAAGUUGUUGCAUCCUAGGCUAUCUGGUGCACGCCUAGCUAGGCGUAAGUUCCAUUGAACUCCAUGGGGCUUUCUUUUGAGUAGACCCAGAAGGCUGCAUUGUUAAGUCAAUAAAGAAGUCAGUGUAAAGUAGCAUCUUAGGCUGGACUCUGGAACAGGAAGGGCUGCGCUAAGAUACGUCAGAAAUGCUGUAAUGGCCUUCAGUAAGCCCCACUUUGCCAACCUCAAGGCACCUCCUUCCCCACUUAUAGAUAGGCGGGGAAUAAUAACAGUGCCCUACCUUACAGGGCAGGACGUGGGUGGCGCUGUGGGUUAAACCACAGAGCCUAGGACUUGCCGAUCAGAAGGUCGGCGGUUCAAAUCCCCGUGACGGGGUGAGCUCCCGUCGCUCUGUCCCUUCUCCUGCCAACCUAGCGGUUUGAAAGCACCUCAAAGUGCAAGUAGAUAAAUAGGUACCGCUCCAGCGGGAAGGUAAACAGCGUUUCCGUGCGCUGCUCUGGUUUGCCAGAAGCAGCUUAGUCAUGCUGGCCACAUGACCCAUGACCCACAUGCUCCCUCAGCCAAUAAAGCGAGAUGAGCGCCACAACCCCAGAGUCGUCUGCGACUGGACCUAAUGGUCAGGGGUCCCUCUACCUUUACCUUUAAGCCCCACUUUGCCAACCUCAAGGCACCUCCUUCCUCACUUAUAGAUGGGCGGGGAAUAAUAACAGUGCCCUACCUUAUAGCGCAGGCACGCCAACUCCUAGGGGCCAAUACAGUUUCAGCCCCCCCCCUUGUAUUUUUUGAGGCAUUUAGCUCUGCCACCUGGCUCCUUGCGGUGUACGAUGUCAAGGUGGCUAUGCCAUGACGUCAUGAUGUUGCACGGUGUCAAUCUGCUUCAGAGGAUGACACCUCUGUUACAGGGUCACUGUGUGGAUAUAUGGAGAGACCUUCCCCAGUUCAGGCGAUGGUGGGACUCAAAAGAGAGCCUCUCUUUUAGAUCUUAAUGAGACAGGCUCAUGUGAGAGGAGCUGGUCCUUUGGAGGGGGAGCCUGUGACCCUCCCUAUCCUGCUGAACUACUGUUGGCCAUGCUGGCCGGGGCUGACACAAGCCCAACAACCUCUGGAAGUCCACAGCCUCCUUGACCUUGCUUUAGAUAUCAUGGGUCUAAGCAAGCAACCCCUUGCAUGCAAGCUUCACUCAACUUGUUGGGACUUCCUUCUGAGUAGACCUGCACUGCCGGACCCCCAGUCACACAUCCUCUUGCUCUCCACUACCAGCCCACUUUCUCUGCUAGAUUCCUUGCUCCUUCCCUCCUGAUGGACAAGGUCUGUUCGUGUUUAAUUCAGAUAGAUAUGAAUAGAGCCAGCCCUACCAUUAGACAGAGUGAGCUGGCAGGUGUUGGGAGUCACCCCAAACUUGUACAGCCUCAGGUGUGAUGAAGGAUGCUGUCCUUUCAAAAUCAUUGAAAUAAGAUCCAGCCACCAGUCUAGUUGGCUUCUGUACAAGGAAUGGGGAGGACCAGCCCUGACUCUGAGAAGUGUUUUGGUGACAAGUAUGAUGUGUAGAGCAGGAGUAGCUGGUUUUGGAUACUGGCCUACCUUGCAGGCUUCUUGUGAGGAGAAAAUUGAGCAAUAUCACAUACACUCCCCAAAGCUACUUAGAAAAAGGGUAUGAUGCCAAUGUGAGAGAUCAGGCGGUCGAUCAUGGGCCGUCCCUGGUUGAUCCUGGUUGGUUACAUGAUCUCCAGCCAUCGCCUCACCACCACCCCGAAAAAACUGGCUCACCCCUCUCAAAUACAGCUCAACAACUCUGGUCAAUCCAAUGGAUUGAUCACUGCCAGUUUAUUUAUAGUGGGAGUAGAUCGCCGUCUCUUGGAAGCUGGACACCCCUGGGAUAGAUAAAGGGGGGCUAAGGCCUGCUUCCUCGUGCACUGGCUCUUUGAUGCAUAGCUGUCAACUUCUCCCUUUUCUUGCGAGGAAUCCUAUUUGGAAUAAGGGAAUUUCCCUUAAAAAAUGGGAAAUGUUGACAGCUAUGUUUUGAUGGUCCAACUCUCUCUGCCGCCUCAGAACUGUACAUAUUAAAUCCUAUUUGCAUUGCUGUAAUGUACAGUUUUCUGUGUUGUUAAAGAAGAAGAAAGAAACAGCAAAUAUUGAUGUAAGCUUCUGUGGGGAAAACAAAUGUGGAGCCUGACCCUCAUGCACAUUUACUCAGAAGUAAGCACACCAGAAGACUUACACAUGACUUAGUCAUGAAGCUUCAGUCCUAAACUGGGUUUCUCAG